AUGCCUAGACACACUGUUACCCCUGAAGAAAGGGCUGAAAGAAGACGAAGAUACAUGAGAGAAUACCAGCGUAAUCGUCGGCAAUCAUUGCAAGUGGAAACAUCAGAAACAGAAACACAACAACGGAAUUCAAUGUCUCAAGCAGAGUAUAUGCGAGAGUAUCGGCGGAAUCGCCUGCGAACUGCAGAAAUGGAAGUGAUAGCAACAGUAGAAGCAGAGAAUAUUAAUACUUCUCGUGCAGAAUAUAUGCGAGAAUAUCGACGCAGGCGCCAACAAAUAACUGAAAUAGAAGUAGUUGAGACAGUAGAAGCAGAGAAUAUUAGUAAUUCUCGUGCAGAGUAUAUGCGGGAGUAUCGACACAGAUGCCGACUUACAGCUGAAAUAGAAGUAGUUCAGGCAGAAGUAGUGAGAACACAAGUAAUUCAAGCAGAAGUAGUAGGAACAGAAGUAGUGGAGACAGAAGCGGCAGAGACAGAAGAGGAGAACCAUAAUUCUCGAGCAGAAUAUAUGCGCGAGUAUAGGCGUAGUAGACAAAGUAGAGCUAUUGAAGAGAAUGAGCGAGUACUAAUUUCACAUAAUGUGCAAAGCUUGAGGGCACAUAUAAACCAGAUAACCAGCGAUCAAGUAUACUUAACAUCUGAUAUUAUUCUUUGCAAUGAAACUUGGACACUGCCUAAUAAUGAAGAAUAUGAUAUUCCAAACUUCACCAUGAUAUCUCGCAUAGAUAGCCAUUCAACCAAUGCACGAGUUUCUGGUUCUUGCUGCUAUAUUCGUAGCUCUCUUUUACCUAGUACGAACAACUCAAACGACGAUUCUUUGGUUUAUACAACCAGUUCCAGAAUGUUCAUUGAUGAAGCAGGUGGAUCAACAAGCAUAUCAUUAUUUAUAUUAAGCAGCAGCUUAUAUUGCAGCAUAUAUGUAUCCCCACUAUGCCAACUAAAUACCUUGACGGAAGCACUAGAAUUUGUUGUUAGUCAUACGUAUAUGCAUAUAACCAUUGCUGGUGACUUUAAUGUUGCUUUCACGAAAGAAUCGAUCAAGAAAACGACGUUACUUCAAUUUAUGAAUAACAGAAAUAUGACUACUACGCUCCCUAACACUAUUCAAUCAACAACAAGCCAGAAUACUCUCAUUGACAACAUCUUUUCAACUAUGCCAGUGCUGGAUUCAGGAAGAUACAUAUCUUUGACCAGUUACCAUUCUCCUUUGUGGGCAAAAUUUAUGUAA